AUGGCUCUGGGUCGAGUGCUUGGCGCGUUGAUAACGGCAACGUCUUUCCUUCUGUGCACCACCUCCGUGUGCGACGAGGAAGACGCAGGUGCCCUCCUACAACUGAAGGAAGCUUCCAGACCUGACGCUAUGGAUGGCCCCGAAGGGAUCGACCAGCGCCUUCUCGCUUCGUGGCUCCUUGUAACGAGGACUUGGAGCCAAUACCGGCCGCACAAGGAAGCGACCCUGAGCAUGAUGGAGUCCAAUGAGACCAUCAUGGCCCGGUACCUCCACGGUUCUUUUGACGAGGUUCAGGAGCGUCAUCCCACGGACCUGAUGUGGAUGACCAUGAUUCCCUGUGCGGUGGUUGGUGUUGCUGUAGCCGCUGCAGCAACGACAAUGAUGAUGCAACACUUCGCUCAACCAGAAGAAGUCACGCCCCUUGUCCUCGACAAAGCCGGCGAGGAAACAGAGGUUGACAAAUCGACUGGAGGCAUGAGCGAGAUCCAGCUGAUGUUCAACAUAGUCAAGAACAUCGUCGGGGAAGGCAUGCUUAGCCUCCCUGCCGGAAUUGCGGGUGGAACAGGUCUGUUGGUGGGCAGCAUGAUUGCCGUUCUCUUCAGCGUGCUCAUGGGCUACACUUUUUCUAUCAUGGGCCGCACCUGCUUUGCUACAGGUGAGGCGAGCCACAAGGACUGUGCAGCAAAAGUCUCAGGUCCUCGUCUGGCUCAGACCAUGGCCGUUGUUCUCUUCAUUAAGACCGCCUUCACGUGUUUGACCUUUGCUAUUGUUAUCAGCGAGUCCUUUGCCAGAACACUGCAGUACUUUGGUGUUGGUGGUUUUAUGGCAACUUCCCAGGCUGCCUUGCUAACCCUCGGCAUUUUCGUGUUGCUGCCUCUCUGCCUUCAGAAAGAUCUUCGCGUCUUGUCAUACACAUCCAUGGUCGGCUGCCUUGGACAGGUGUGGGUCGUUUUCGUGAUGCAAGUUCGAUAUGUGGAUGGCUCAUAUAGACCCGGGGGUCGAUUCUACGAUCUCAUCGCUGCAAAGGACAAGCCAGACUUCAGCGGGGGCGUGAGCUAUUGGCAAAGCAGCGCGGCAACUUUCGUGCUCAUAGGCUCUCUGGCCACAGCCUACAUUGCGCACUACAAUGCGCCCAAGUUCUACUCGCAGCUCAAGGAUGCGACGCCGCAGAAGUUCACCAAGGUGGUAGCAGGAGCAUUCGGCUUCGCCCUGGUGGUGUACUUCUGGAUCAUGUCUGUGGGCUAUUUGACUUUUGGCAAAGCCGCCGAGGGUUUGAUCCUCAACAACUACUCUGAACAGGAUGGCCUCGCGACGGCUGCCAGGAUCGCCAUUAGUCUGGCGGUGAUCUUCGCCUUCCCCUUGGGCUUCACGGGCUUCAGGGACUCCAUGAUGUCCGUCUUCGACGUGCCACAGGAGAAGUUCGUUUCUGUGACGCUCCUCCUCUUGGGGGGCAUCGUCCUGGCGGCCUGCUGCUUCCAUGACCUGGGCCUGGUCAACAGCCUGGGUGGCGCCAUCCUUGGGGCGCUGAUCACGCUCAUCUUCCCUGGCCUCCUGCUCUUCUAUGCCGGCCACACACCGGGCGUGACGGAGUUCGGAGAGUUGGAAGCGCGAGCGGGUUCCUUCGGCAUCCUCGUGCUGGGAUUCACUCUUUUAGUGUUUGGAUCUGUGGUAGUGGUAAUCGCCAAGCUACAUCCCGAAGCACUGCAUCGCUGA